AUGGCGUUGCAAUCAGCGCAACUCCGUGUGCUAUGCAAUAAUGCACUGAUAAAUAUGAAAAUGCUAACAUGUAGCACAAUACGUACAAUAUGCACUACGACAGUUAGUUUUUCUGAUUCAGCUGUACCACAGGAAAUGUCGGAGCAAGAAAUGGCAUUGUAUAAAUUAUAUAGACCGGAGCGUGUAACACCCAAAAAACGAGGCACAGAUUUACUAAACGAUAGUCGGAUUAAUAAGGGGAUGGCAUUUAGUUUAUUUGAACGACAAUAUCUUGGAAUACAUGGAUUACUUCCACCGGCAUUUAUGACCGAAGAGCAACAAGCAUAUCGUAUAAUUAGUCAACUUCGGCAACAACCCAAUGAUUUAGCUCGAUACAUACAGUUAGAUGGUUUGCAGGAUCGUAAUGAAAAAUUGUUCUAUCGACUUUUAUGCGAGCAUGUCAAAGAAUUGAUGCCAAUUGUUUAUACGCCAACUGUUGGUUUAGCUUGUCAAAAUUUCGGCUAUAUUUAUCGAAAACCAAAAGGCCUUUAUAUAACAAUCAAUGAUAAUAGUAUUAGCAAAAUUCAUCAUAUUUUAUCUAAUUGGCCGGAAAAAGAUGUCCGAGCGAUUGUAGUAACAGAUGGAGAGCGCAUACUUGGUUUAGGUGAUCUGGGAUGUUACGGUAUUGGUAUACCAGUUGGAAAGCUCGCACUGUAUGUCGCCCUUGGCGGUGUGCAACCGAGGUGGUGUCUCCCGGUGUUGUUAGAUGUUGGAACCAACAAUGAUGAGCUUUUGAAUGAUCCAUUUUAUAUCGGAUUACGCCGUAAACGUGUUCGUGGAAGUGAAUACGAUCGACUUAUCGAAAAUUUUUUCUUAGCUUGUAGAAAAAGAUUUGGGCAACAGGUUCUUAUUCAAUUCGAAGAUUUCGCUAAUCAAAAUGCAUACCGUUUAUUGGAUAUGUACAGAAACAAAUAUUGCACCUUCAAUGAUGACAUACAAGGAACUGCAUCUGUUGCAGUAGCUGGUCUUUUAGCUUGCUGGAAGUAUACUGGUAAACCACUUGCAGAAGGAAAAUUUGUUUUCUUAGGUGCUGGAACUGCAUCAAUGGGUAUCGCUGAAUUAUGUGUAGCAGAAAUGAUAGCAGAGGGUUUGACAAAGGAGCAAGCAUAUGACCGUAUCUUUUUAAUGGAUAUCGAUGGAUUAAUUACAAAACAUAGAGAAAAUUUAGGCGACUUGCAUAAACCAUAUGCAAAAGAUUUGCCUGAAACAAAAAGUUUAUUAGAAGUUGUGAAAAAAGUAAAGCCUUGGGGUUUGAUUGGUGCUUCAACGGCACGUGGGGCUUUUAAUGAAGAAAUUGUUCGCGAGAUGGCAUCAAUUAAUAAACAUCCAAUCAUUUUUGCCCUUUCAAAUCCAACAGAUAAAGCCGAAUGUACAGCAGAAGAUGCAUAUCGUUGGACUAACGGAAAAGUCUUAUUUGCCAGUGGUAGUCCAUUCCCAAAUGUGGAAUAUAAUGGGAAGAUUUUUAAGCCAGGUCAAGGUAAUAAUGCAUAUAUUUUUCCUGGUGUAGGCCUUGGUGCUAUUCUGUUCAACAUUCGCCAUAUCGAUGAUGAAACAUUUCUCAUUGCUGCUCAUGAAGUCGCAAAUACUGUAACAGAGAAGGACUUCAGAGUAGGCCGUUUAUAUCCUCGAUUAGAUCGUAUCCGUGAAAUGUCUGUAAGAAUAGCUAUUGCAGUUGGUGAACAUGCAUAUAAGAAAGGCAUGGCUGGUCUUUAUCCAAAACCAAACAAUACAGAGUAUUUCGUACGUUCCCAAAUCUAUCAAACGUCAUAUGAUGAAUUGAUUAAUGUCACUUAUGAAUGGCCAUCUCAAGACAUGAAGCAUGGCUUUCCGGUGCCAGUUGUACGCCGUGAAAGUGGUGAAGAGUAG